GAGAGUUAUUUUCUUAUAUAUUCAUUUCUUUGUUCUUCAGGAGAAAUAGAAGGAAGAAAUGAGCAACAAUUCAAGGUUUAUAAAGUGUGUGACGAUUGGAGAUGGAGCUGUUGGCAAAACUUGCCUCCUUAUAUCCUACACUAGUAACACUUUUCCUAAUGAUUAUGUUCCAACUGUGUUCGAUAAUUUUAGUGCAAAUGUGGUUGUCGAUGGGUUAACCGUUAAUCUUGGCCUCUGGGACACUGCUGGUCAAGAAGACUACAACAGGCUCAGGCCUCUUAGCUACAGAGGAGCUGAUGUCUUCCUCCUAGCAUUCUCCCUCAUCAGCAGGGCUAGUUUCGAGAAUGUCAGCAAGAAAUGGAUGCCGGAGCUUAGACAUUAUGCCGAGUCAGUCCCCGUUGUGCUUGUGGGCACCAAACUAGAUUUGAGAGAUGACCCACAAUUUCUGACGGACCACCCUGGUGCAUCUACUAUCUCAACAGCGCAGGGUGAGGAACUAAAGAAGCAAAUAGGAGCAUCGGUAUACGUUGAGUGUAGUUCUAAGACUCAGCAGAAUGUGAAGGCUGUUUUCGAUUCUGCGAUCAAAAUCGUACUUCAACCUCCAAGACCCAUAAAACAGAAGAAAAAGAAAAAGUUGUGCCCGAUCCUUUAGUUUCUGCAUCCAGUCAGAAAAUAUACUAAUGGAGCUGCUGCCUAUUUAAUUAUUAGUGACAGCUUAAUUUGCAGUUUACAUUUGUGAUAAAAAUAGUUUCAAUGUCUAAAUACCAAUUUCGUAAAAUUUAUAUGCUUUUAACAUAAGAUUGAGAUUAUGCGGAACUGUUUUCUCUACUUUA